GCUGCAAGAACUCUCCCAGCACUACGGUAAUGGUUAACCAGAUAAUUCCUUUAGGGGUGGGAAUAGAAAACAGCCACAAGUUAUUCUGUCUUCUUUUCUGCGCUCGCCCGCCUUCAAUGAGUUGAAUUCAUUCAUAGCAGAAUGGAGGAGACGUCGCAACAAGAGAAACCCGAGUCGGAAUAUAUAAAACCGAAUGAGGAGGAGCAAGGUGGGAUUCGCCGCCGGCUGCGGGACAGGGACCUUCUCAAGAAGAGAAAAGCCGAGGCAGAAGAGAAGGACCAGUGGAUUUUUGGGGUGGAGAGCCCAAGGAAGAGAUCAAGAGCCGAAGACAAGAGCGGCACAAAGAGGAGGGGGAGGCCCAGGAAGGCUGAACCCUCGCCACAGAUAUCUGUCGUUCAAGAAGAGGCAGCGGUGACUCAGGAGGCUCCUGCAGUGGUGGUGGUGCCUGAACCUGCUGAAGUCAUCCCAGAUCAAAUAUCAGCCUCUCUGACCCCCAUAAUUGCUGUGGAAACACAGUCAGUUUCUGUUCUUGAUGCCCCUGCUGCCCCUGUUACCCUUGCUGUCCCUAUUGUCCCUGAUCCUGCACCAGUGUUUCAGUCUCUCCCUAUCUUUGGUCCUCCUCUCACCUCUCCUGCUCCAGUCAAUCCAACUGUAGAUGUGGAUCCAGUUUCUGUCCAAGCCUCAGCUCCAGCUCCAGAUGCUGAUUCAGUCCCAGCUCUGUCCCAAGACACUGUUCCACCCACGGCUCCUCCCUCAGCUCCUCCCCAGGUGGAGACUCUCUGCACAGAGUCACAGGGCAGGGAGGCCCUCGACCAGGUCCUGAUUGAGGACUUGGGCCCAGAUGAGGAGGAAGACAUCUCUACAUUGCAAGACAAAAGAGCUGAUGAAGAUUUGAGUGAAACACUGUCCACCACCAUCAAAGUGCCUGAACAAAAUAAAAUGUACUCUAUUCCAACCCUGUCCUCCCCACCACUGUCACGAGAAUAUCUUCCAGGAAAUUAAUUGUAAUUUUAUGAAAUACACUGUUCAGAUAUUGCUUCAGUUCACAGCAACUCAGACUUCGUCCUCAGUGUUUGUCACAGUUUGCAUCUGAGUAUUAUUUUUCUUCAGUGUGAAGUCUGUUGAUGAAGAGAACAAGCAUGGUGAACCUUAGCAAUGCAAAUUAAGCCUGUAUGUGUAUUUAUUCCAGGUCAUGCUUCCCUGUGAGGCUUGUGAAUUCAUUUUUUUGUACUUUGCAUAAAGCAAAUAGCAAAUAUUGCUUGCCUUUAUUUAAAAGUAAAGGGUAGGAAUCACUGGUAAUUAUGUAUUUGUAAUUGUGGAUUUAUCUUGAUUGACUUUUGUAAAAGACAUUUUUCAACAAAUAAAAUUCACUGCUUCCAUCA